AUGAAAGCUAUGUCAAUGGCCAGUAUCAUCACAAAAGAAAUCAAGUUCAAUGGCGGUGGACCAUACACGUACCGGCAAGUUGGCGAAUUCCAGCGCAAAUUCAACACUUCUGCUCAUCCGAAUCCAGAUGAACUCCCAAGCUACGGCCAAUUAUUCAUGGUAGAAGCUGAUGAAGCAUGUGGCAUCAGAUACAAUAUUAUGAAGCAACUAAACAAAGGAAUUUGCUACUAG